AUGUCUAAGACCACAUCCGCGGUAGAUAAACCACCCAAAUCUAAAAAAAGUAAAUCCAAGUCCAAAGACUUGGAACCGACCGAGGACGCAAUGGACGUUGACACUCCACCCAAAUCGUCUAAAUCGUCUUCGAAGAAACGCGUGCUGGAAGCUGCUAUGUCUGAAAACGUGGAUACGCCAGAGCCUCCCAAGAAGAAAAAGAAGAAGGACAAGGAGGAGAAGAGUAGCAAGAAAGAUGUGGAAGCUGAGGGCGCAGAUGAAGACGAUUCCCUGAAAAAGAAGGAGAAGAAAGAAAAGAAGGAGAAGAAGAAAAAGAGGAAGGAUGGUGAAGAGUCCAAACCUGAAGUUCCCAUAGAACUUACCACCUCCGGCGAGCCCUCUACGAAUGCUGUAGAGCCAUCUUCAUCUAAAAAGGACAAGAAAAAGUCCAAAAAGACUAAAUCUCGCCAUGAGGACGAAAGUCAAAAGGCAGAGAGUCCUUCUUCCCCUCCUCCUCAGGGAGAGUCAGAGAACACUUCAAAAGAAGCAAUGCACGUAGAUCCUCCAUCUUCUCCCUCCAAACCCAAAAAAUCCAAAGACAAAUCCAAAAGGUCUUCCAAGAAAUCUAGUGACCCUGCAGAGGCGCCCACUGCGACCGAAGAACCCAGUCCAUCCCAACCCGACACUACGUCCGCAUCCGCACCCUCACCGACGAAAAAGAAGGAGAAGAAAUCCAAAUCAGAAAGGAAAGCAGCCCCUUCUUCCUCAUCCAAACCCGACGCCUCUUCCUCCGAAACCUCCAAGCCCAAACCCCCUCCUCGACCCAACACCACGCCCUUCCCCGACCCAUUACAGGACGAGUCUCUCUCCACUCAAGCAUCGAAAGCAUUAGACUAUGCUUUCACCCAAUUCAACGCGCCGUCGGAAUGGAAAUUCAAUAAAGCAAAGCAGAACUGGCUAGUGAGGAACGUAUGGAACGUGGAUUCUGUCCCGGAGGCCCAUUUCCCAGUCACGCUCAAGUAUCUCUCCAAUAUCCAGGGUGGUUCUCGUCAGAAACUCAAGGAAACUUGCUCAUCUAUAAUCAACCCCCCUGUGUCCGCAGCGCCAGCUGUAGCUAUAGACCCGACCGGCCAACCUGUAAAGUCUAUUUUGAAGACGCCAACUACCGCGACCAAUGAAACUGCAAAACCCAAAGCUGGACCACUGAUUGAAGCAUCCCAAGCAGGCGCUCUUAUUGAACCGUCCAAGCCCGCCGUCGACCACAAAAUGGAACGCGCAAAGGCAAUCCUGAAGAUUCUCGGAGAGUCGUAA